GUGUAUUGUGACCAAACAACAGCAGGUGGGGGUUGGACAGUGUUUCAAAAAAGACUUGACGGUUCAGUUGACUUCGAUCGCGUUUGGAAAGACUACAAACAAGGCUUCGGGAGUCUAAGCGGGGAAUUUUGGCUUGGACUGGAUAAGGUUCACCGUCUGACGAAAGAUCGAAGUAGGCUUCGGGUGGAACUCGAAGAUUUUAACGGACAAACAGCUUACGCUGAGUACGACUUGUUUGGCGUUGCUGACGAAGGAAACAAAUACAGGCUAACUCUUGGAACGUAUGCAGGUUAGUGCUUUGAGGGGAAUAGACUGGAUGGGGGCACCUCCAUAAAGCAAAUCUUGAUUAAGUCAGUACAUUGGCUGGAAGCUAAAGUUUAAUUUACCUUACUUACAAUGACAUGCGUACGAGAUUGUGACAACGGGUCGAUUCAUUGAACGUUCAGAAGGCGCAGAGUCAUCUUAAGUAAAGUUAAAUCCUCUUCUCGCACGGAUAUCGUCAUGGCACGUUUCUCUCUUCACCCCAAUAUGCAGACAUUUGACACCUUGCAAUGCGGGAAAUCCAGGUUUGCGCCCCCCCCUUAUUAUCUGGAGUUGUUUCUCGCCCGGGGGGGAUACUCAACAAAUGUUUAUACAAGUCCAACCCCUUAGGUAUACCACUAGCCACCGACACUGAGGUGAAUAAUUGUUUCAGUAUAUAUUAAAACAGUGAGAUAAUUGAGCACAAAAAUGAUGAUUUUUAACUCAUUUACUGUUGCCAACGAUUACAAUUUUGGCGCGCAAUGACCGAACGGCCGCAGUCGUCGCUUUUUCUUGCCGACAAAUAAAACUGUUAAAGGCAUUUGUUUAGCUUUGGCGGGGAAAUUUCUUCAAAAGGAGUUGUGAAUUCUUUGUGUAUUUAAAAUCAUUCUGUAAAAAAGACGAUUACAUUUAGUUUUAAGUUUAUUUAUGAACAAGUCAACUAGAUAAAGUAACACAAGACUUAACCUUAAUUUGCAUUUGUAAACAAAAAACUUUUUCACCGGUUUUAUCGAUAAAUUCAAGUCAAAAAGACGAGGUUUUAUACCUGUUGAAACUCUCAAACCGAACUUCGUCACCUUCUUCGUGUAUUUCGGGAACAGCUUGCUAUAUUAGUCGUAAAAAUUCUUUGUUUGUUACGGCAGCAAACCGUGAAGGCAUUUUGCUAGCAACUUACGCGUCGCUCGCUCGGGAACUGGAAUCAGUGAAUCAGUGAAUCAGUGAAUAGUGCAUGAUAUUCACUGAUUGAGUAGCUAAUCAGAGGGCGCGAAAAACAGUAUCCACUGUUUUAGUAUAUACUAAAUCUAUAUAUUAUACCUGAAACCUGGAUAAAGGUACCCCCUUCGGGCGUGGCCUAGCCCGCGAGCAAGCUCUCCAUUUGGGGUAUAUCGUGAAAAGUAGUCGUCGGCCCCUCGCGCGGUUCGCAUCGGCUAGGCUUGGCCUCUCCUUAUAGGCCAUCGUAGGGAGUAACCCCCAGGUUUCUCGACAGCUCUGAGUUCAACUUCCCGGCCAUGUUUGUGAAUUGCCAGCUUCUUGCCUUCUGCCUUUUGCUGUUUUUGACAGAACUAAGUUACGCCGGUUUUGUUUAGAUAGUAGAGACCUUUAGCAUCAGGUUUUUCAUGGGAAACUGCAAUCCGCAAACCGCAAAAUGUCACGUGACCACGGCCUCGCGGUCACGUUUGCAGUUUGCAGUUCACGUUUGAACCGCAGGAAGGGCUUCCAGGGGUAAGUGAUUGACGACAAGGUUUUGUGCCACAAAAAAUUGUACAGCCUCACAUUUAAAGGUAUGAACUAGGUUUUUAUAUCCGUUUGCGAUGUGUUUGUUGCAUUUUUGAUCUCGAAUCAAUGAAUUGUUGCUGAUUUUUGGGCGAUUAAAGUGAUGCACUUCCGACUUGAUGAAAACAACAUGGCGGACCUAAACAAUGAACGCUUAGUUCAAUCAAUUUUAUAUAAUUCCUUUCUGUCGUACUAACAAAGGAAAGUACUCUGUUCCAAUCCAGAGUUAAUUUUUUUUCUACCUUGUUACUGAAUUCACAGCCUUUACAAUUCCUAUAUCUAUUCUUGUAUUGUAUUAUAUUUUGGAUAAAUAAAAAUGAACUGAACUGAACGCCUUGCUGAAGUUUGAAAUCUCGGCAACGCGAAACUGCAAACGCGUAACAGCGGUUUGCGGUUUGCCUGAUGCUAAAGGUUUCUACCUUCAAGAGCUACACUUUAAAUCCGAGGUUAUAUAAAGGUGAUGUACUAUGCGUGAUGUGAUGUGAUUAUAUGUUUGUGAUUGAUUAUUUGUGAAUGGAGAUCAGCUAAGUGCCCAUCCACUAUAAACAGGGGUUUACAUUUUACAUUUUUAUUAAAAUUUUUGUUUCUAUAUUCCUCACUUCAUUAAUUUCCUGUGAUUAAUUCAGUUUUCUAAUCACAGUAUUUUCUCCUUAAAACUUGGGAGUUACUUUAAAGUGGACCAGAGAGACAAUGGGUAAUUGGGUUGAGGCCUUGUUUCCAUUUUCAAUUUUCCCGUUAACCCUCCUGUUCGUUGCCCGUUCCCCGUCUUAAAUACGUCUUGAAAACUGCAUGCAUCAAUUUUUAACUUCUAAUUAUUUUUCCCGAAACAAGAUAAGAUGCCGUUGUUUAUUUAUCUUUUUAGGAACCGCCGGCGACUCGUUCUCGUAUCACAAUGGUAUGGCGUUCUCCACCAAAGAUCAGGACAAUGAUUUGUACGGUGGCCAUUGUGCCCAGCAUUGGAAGGGAGGCUGGUGGUUCAAAGACUGUCACUAUGCCUUUCUAAACGGCUUCUAUUAUAGAGGCUCACACUCCAACGCUUGGGGAGGUGUGAUGUGGAAUAAGUGGAAGGGUCCCAGGUACUCCGCUAAACGUGCUGAGAUGAAAAUCAAACCUGUUAACGUUUAA